UGCUCUUCAUUUCCGUGCUGUAGGCGGGCAUCCAGACGGGAUUCACAGCCCGCCCCCUUCUCCGGCCAUCAUCCCGCGGCUGGGUUUCCACAGAGAGAGAGCCACAGUUAGCCUUAUGGAGCUCUUGGUCAGGGUCGGGGCCGUUGGCCUCGUGGUGAGGUGGAACAGCUGUGGAGCGGGCCCUGUAGCUUGUUCAACCGACAGCGUCAUAUCGGCUCGCUGCCUCGGAGCUAGUAUGGGUUAAAUUAUCCACUGGUCUGAACGGUUCGCGAAGCUGUCAGGUGUCACAAAGAUCGAGCCCUCCACCCGCAUAGACUAAAUACCGAUAUAUCCACCUUGGGAUAUCUCGUCGGGUUUGUGCUCGUCUCGUCGGAAGAUGGGAGACGACGAGUGCACACAGUAGGCCCAGGCUAGCGGUACAAACUUUAAUGUGUCCCACAUCAUGAAGACCAACACACAUUUGUUUCGUAUAAAAAAAAAGAGCAGGAAGAGAAAUGAAAAGGCGAGGACGUAACGAGUAGCAGUUUCUGAACAGCCAGGAUCAGCAAGCGAACCGGCCACCAACUCUGGGCCGGGUGCCGUUGGAUGCUGUCCUUGACGACACUCCUUACUCCCACCCCCUGACGCACACAAGACGACCUCCAACGAAGUAUGUUUCUUCAGCUCUGCAGCGGAAUGGCGCGGCUAUGGGAGCGCAGGGGGGCGAGGGCGAGGGCACGCGAGUCGUCCGGCCCCUCGCCACGACGGAUAUUACCUAGGCCUGGCGAGACCUACCUUGAAAUGACCAGGCCAGGCAGAGGUCGACAAAGGAAGAUUGGGUGAAAUGCACGCGUGCGGCUGCCGCAUGGGUCAAGAGACGUCUCCAAGGUGACGGCCAGAAAACGCCGCAGAUGCAAAAGGGUAAUGCGCCCAAGCCUUCGCGAGGUGCGCCAAGAGCCAGUCGAGCAACCUAGCACAGCCAGCGAUGCUGCAGAGAGCGAGCCCGCAGCCGACAACGGGCUGGGCGGACCAUCAAUGGGAAGCCGCCCAACAAACAGGAAGCAGGACAAACCCGGCCAAGACACGGCCACUCUGUCGCUGCCAACACCGCAAGCGCAAACGAGGGAAACGCCGGCGCACAUGCUUGGAGCCCAGAGGCAGGCAUGGCAAGCUCCAGGUGUGGAUAAUGACUCGUGCCCGGCCAUGUGGCUCCGAGCACGGAACUCUGGCCUCAGCUCCAGACCCCACCCGCGACCGGGCGAUGGGGAGAAGUCGUCCCAAAAAAGAGAGAGAUGUGAUGCGAUGAUCGUCGGCUCGACAAAACAAGGAGUCGUAGAUCUGGGUUUUCCGGCCUGGGGCCAGCGGUGUGCGAAUCAUGAACACAGCUGCGCGCAUCAUCCUCAUGACUCUUCUGGUCCCCCUCCCCUGCUCCCCUGGCGCUGAUUUGCGGCCGAGCUCGGGCCAAUACUCUGCGCCUAGGCAAGGAUAGGGGUUGUCCUGGCACAACGUUGUAUGCACAUGAUUCCCUUCCUG